UGCUCGCUAUUUAUUUAUGAAAUCGUUAUCAUUUCUCUUAAUAAAUUACGAAUAAUAUUAUUCGUGUAUUGGCCCACAUUGAUUUGCCUUAAGAACUUUCAGUAUGAAACCUAUGAAAGUGGAAUUAUACAACGCUAUUGUAGCAGACUUUAAUAGGCUCACAUCGUAUGGGCGUAAAGCUGAGAAUGAAUUAAAGAAAAAGUAUAAAAAUUUACCACCAGCUACACUGGGCAGCAUUAUAUCACUGUUGGUGCAGAGAUCAAUGAAACAGAGCUAUAGAAAGUCACCAUCAAUAUCCAGUCGAUAUUAUGAACUGUAUGAAGGACUAAUGAGAGACAAAUCUGCAGAAGAUGGUGUUCUUUUACAGCUCUCCGACAAGCAAGGAAUAAGCCCGGCCCUGUUUGCUAGAUCUCUCUUGCAGAAUGUUUACUCGGACUCAUCCAUGGUCAAGAAGUGCUUCAAAGACACCACAUUGAUUGAAGACAAACAACUUGCCUAUCAAGUCUUUCUGGGCACCAUGAAUGAUAACCAGUAUGGCCCAUAUGCAGAUAUAAUAAAACAGUCAAUUGGAUUAGAAUAUGAGUUACGACUAGAAAAAGAGUUAAGAUUGAUGAAUAUAACAUUCUCUGAUGAAAAUGUAUUGAGGUCUCGGGGUUAUGAUAAGACCCCUGAUUUCAAACUUGAUGUACCCAUAGCAGUAGAUGGCUUUAUUAUUCAUUGGGUAGAAAGUAAAGCAUUAUUUGGUGAUGAAGAAAACCAUUCUGGAUAUUUAAAGGAUCAAUUAAUGGCUUAUUGGAACAGAUUUGGUCCAGGAUUAGUAAUCUAUUGGUUUGGGUAUCUAGAAACACUGGAUUCCACCCCAGAAGUAAAUAAAAUGUUUAUUUUAAGAACUAAUUUCCCAAAAAAAGAGAGUAUUACGCAGUACAAGAUGGACUUUGAUGUGUAGUCAUUUUACGAAAUUGUAUAUUUAGCUUUAUUGUAAUAAAAUACAUUUUUAAUGAGAAAAUAAAUUAUAU